GCGCGCUGUUCUCCCGACGCGCUCGCCGCGGGCCUUAGCUGGGCCGGUGGGGGCGGGCGCUGCUGGGAGUAGCCGCGGGAGGAAGGCUGAGGCGGCAGCAUGAAGAGGAGAGCAGGGGAGUGGGAGAAAAAACUGAAGAAAAAAAAGCUUCUUGAAGAACUUGGAAAGAACAGACUUCCAUAUAUGACACCAGUCGAUGCUGAUUUCCAUCAGUUGUGGAAGUCCAAAUAUUCCAAGCUGAUUUUCAGAAAAUCUGACACAGUGCCUGAAGAGCUCCAUCAGAUGGUGCAAGAAGGAUUUCUGACCUUGCGAGAACAUGGUUGUUUCUUUCAAGAUCUUGUAAGGAUCAAAGGAAAAGAUUUUGUUACCCCAGUGUCUCGUAUAUUAAUUGGAAACCCAGGAUGCACAUACAAGUACUUGAACACAAGAUUAUUUACAGUUCCUUGGCCUAAUGAGGGUUAUGAUAUAAAAUAUUGCAGUCCUCAAAUACAUGAUGCUUGUAAAGCAUUAAUCAGACUUAAUGACUACUUGCAUAUUGAAGCAGUCAAGGCAUUGCAAGAUUUUGUUGAGACCAAAGAAAUUAACGAUACUGCUGUAAUAGAUAGGGAGCAAAAUUUUGCUACUCCUCUUACAGAGAAAGGGUCUGUUUCAGAAGAUCAAAGCAGUUGUUGUGUGCGAGCGGAUAACUACAUGAAUCUAAAGAACAGAACGUCUUAUAACGUGACUUUAUUGAAUUAUAUGGAUCCACUACAAAUGCUGUAUUUGAAACAAGAACCUUAUUUUGGAAUGGGGAACAUGGCAGUGAGCUGGCAUCACGACGAGAAUCUAGUUGAAAGGUCAACGGUUGCAGUGUACAGUUACAGCUGUGAAGGUUCAGUUGUGGCAGAAAGUGAUGAACAAACACUGAAGGGAAGAGACCCAGCUGUCUGGCACGUAGGCUUGAAGGUAGCAUGGGACAUAGAGACACCUGGAUUAGCAAUGCCACUUCACCAAGGAGACUGCUACCUGAUGCUUGAUGACCUCAAUAUGACACAUCAGCACUGUGUUCUGGCUGGUUUUUCACCUCGAUUCAGCUCAACUCACAGAGUGGCAGAGUGUUCAAGGGGAACAUUGGAAUACAUAUUUGGACAAUGUGAACUGGCGCUUCAGAAUUUGCAGACUGACCUGGAUUCAAUGGCUUUAUCUUUGAAAUCACUGGAAGCUGCUAUUAUUAAGCAAGCAGAAGAAAUACAUAAUGAGGUUGAAUUUGAGUGGCUUAGGCCGUUUUGGUUUCAAGGCAAGCGGUAUUUGAAGUGCACUGAUUGGUGGCUUAAGCCUAUUGCUAAGUUAGAAGAAUUUUGGAGAAAAAUGGAGAUUAUGACAAGCCUGGUCCUCUCUGAAUUUCGAAAAGAAGAACGAAUUGAGGAACAAAGGAAUAAAACAAUCAGGUGUUUCUUGCUAAUUCUUACAGAGCGACAAAGGCUGCGUAAGGAGUGGACAGCAAGAUGCCAGUCAGAAGCAGCUGAGAGCUUGCCAGAAGACCAGAAACCAGAAUGCCAUCCCUUCUGGACAGAUGAUGAAUGUAAUAUGUCUCUGCCAUAUGAUCUUGAAGAAGUAAUUACUGAUCUACAAAAUCUUGUUCAGUGGGUAGAAUAACAAGUGACCUUAUAGCCUAGAAUUGUUGAUGCUCAUGACUUGCAUUUUAUCAUAAGUCUUUUUAGCCUUAUUAUUCCUUGACUAUGCUGUGUGUGUCAACUCAGAGUUUACCAGUCUUCCCACAGUACUUUAGGUACUGUCUCAUAAUAAAGAAGACCAGGCCCCAGAUCUACAGAAAUGAGCAGCUUUUAAGACCUGACGUCCAGAGCACCAGCCUCAGUUCUCUCCUCCACUCUUAAUUACCAUUGACCCCACAGGUCAUGGAUAUCCAUGUUUACACAGGUUCCCUUGGCAUCUAAAUUUCAGCUUCCAUGGUUGCCUAGAGCUGCCUGUGUCUUGGCAGGUUUGAGCAGCACAAGGUGUAGCUCACACCUGUGACAAAGCAGAAUCCAUGAUCUUGGUGUCCUCAUAAGAGACCAACUUGGAGUGAGCCUGCUGGAUAGCUUCAGAAUAGAUCUGUGACUUCUUCAUCCACUGACACAAACAGAGCUGGAUGUGGUGGUGGAUCAGGCCCUUCAUGCAAUGGCUUUUCAUUAGAGCAUGUUUUCAGAUGAGGAACUCUGGAAGAGCAUCCUGACAUAGAUCCCAAGACUUUCUUGCUGCUCUUCAUCGUGGCACUUGAGCAGUGCUGGGAGAGAUUUCUGAUGUGAAUCUAGACCACCUGAGCUCCCUGGAGCUCUGGAUUUGGUUCCUAAGCAUUACUUUGUUUCUGCAUGUUGUGAGUCCUAUUCUGAGUCCAGGUUUUCCCACGGUACUGUCUGAAGAGCUGAUGGACCCAAGUAAGGGUUUCCAUUUGGUGUCAGGUCUCCUGACAGCAGAUUUAAUAUGAUAUUGGGCAUUGCGACACCUGUGUUGAUCUAGUGAGAUCUAUGAGAACAAAACCAGAAAGACGAUUAGAAAUAGAA